AUGGAAUUAUACGUACUUAUUCGGGAGAAGAUGGGAAUCUCAUUUCAUGAUGUUUCUAUACAUCCAACAAUUGUAUUGGACAAUGGAGUUACGGAAUAUGUACUGGCCGAUCUUUCUGACCAAGCAGUUGCUCUGGCUAGUAAAGCAGAGGAGAAGGGAGAACAGAGUGAACUGUUAGUGAUUCAUAUUGCAUCUUGGGACAGCGAGUCCAGGCGAUGGACUGCGGACCUACCCCUAGGUGAAAAUGCCCUCGACAUAUUGGUGUCACAAGAGUUGGUAUAUCUAGUUACGGAAAAGCGAAACAUACGGGUUUUCAGCCUCACUGGUACUCAACGUCAUGUUAUUUCUCACCCAAUGAUUCAUAUUGCAUCUUGGGACAGCGAGUCCAGGCGAUGGACUGCGAAGCUACCCCUUGGUGAAAAUGCCCUCGACGUAUUGGUGUCACAAGAGUUGGUAUAUUUAGUUACGGAGAAGCGUAACAUACGGCACACUGUAUCGAUAUACAAUGUUGACAGCAGGCAUUGGUACCGAAAGAAGAACAAUGUAACCUCGGUAGAUGUUCCCGUAGCGAAGAGAGAACAUCUGCUAUGGUUGGCUUUUACAAAUUAUGGUCAACUCGUUUCUAUGGAUAGUUCAUAUACGAUACGUCUUCUCACUCCUUCGGGAUUUUGGCUUCCUAUUUUUGAUGGCAGUCAUGAAGUUGCAGGCAAAUCAGAUGCAAUUUGGCCAAUAGCUGUAAACGAAGGCCGUCAAAAGCAAAUAAGGCAAGUGCUGAACUAA